AUGAGGAUGCUGUGUGAGAAGACAGUGAUUGCCCUCAUGCAGCUGGGUGGUUCACUGCCUCAUGAAGAAUCUUCACUGGUUGUGAAUAAAGGGGAGGAAUUAAGGCUGAAGUGCAACAAGGAUGGACCUGUGACUUGGAAUUUUCAAAACUCAGACCCAUCAGCAAAAACAAGGAGUUCCAAUGAGAAAGAGUGGUACACCAAAAAUGCAACAGUCAGAGACAUAGGCAGAUACGUAUGCAAAAGCAAAGGGAGUAUUGUCACCUCUUUUUAUGUUUUUGUUAAAGAUCCAAAUGUUCUCUUCCUUGUUGAUUCUCUCAUCUACGGAAAAGAAGACAGUGACAUCCUGCUGGUGUGCCCCCUAACAGAUCCAGAUGUUUCGAAUUUCACCCUGAGAAAAUGUGAUGGCAAACCUCUCCCCAAAAAUAUGACAUUCAUUCCUAAUCCACAGAAAGGCAUCAUUAUAAAGAACGUACAGAGGUCAUUCAAGGGCUGCUACCAGUGCUUGGCAAAGCAUAACGGAGUCGAGAAAAUAUCAGAGCACAUCUUCCUGAAUGUGAGGCCAGUUCACAAAGCUCUUCCAGUCAUUACCUUAUCCAAAAGCUAUGAGCUUCUCAAAGAAGGGGAAGAAUUUGAAGUUACAUGCAUAAUCACGGAUGUGGAUAGCAGCGUACAAGCUAGUUGGAUCUCUCAAAAAAGUGGGAUUGUUACAAGCAAAAGCAGAAAUUUGGGUGAUUAUGGAUACGAAAGGAAAUUAACAUUGAACAUCCGUUCAGUGGGAGUUAAUGAUUCUGGAGAAUUCACAUGCCAAGCAGAAAACCCUUUUGGAAAAACCAAUGCCACGGUAACCUUGAAAGCAUUAGCUAAAGGAUUUGUCCGUUUGCUUGCAACAAUGAAUACCACAAUAGAUAUAAAUGCAGGACAAAAUGGAAAUUUAACAGUUGAAUAUGAGGCAUAUCCAAAACCGAAGGAAGAAGUCUGGAUGUACAUGAAUGAAACACUGCAGAAUUCAUCGGACCAUUAUGUCAGGUUCAAGACUGUGGGCAAUAACAGUUAUACGAGUGAACUUCACCUUACCCGAUUAAAAGGAACAGAGGGAGGCAUUUACACAUUUUUUGUGUCCAAUUCAGAUGCCAGCUCCUCUGUAACAUUUAAUGUCUAUGUGAAAACAAAACCAGAGAUUCUCACUUUGGAUAUUCUCAGCAAUGGCAUUCUCCACUGUGUAGCGGCUGGGUUCCCAGCCCCUACCAUAUACUGGUAUUUUUGCCCAGGAACUGAACAGAGGUGUUUUGAUUCACAAACAAUAUCUCCCAUGGACGUGAAAAUCUGUUACGCAAAUUCCUCAUUGCCUUCCUUCGAGCGGAUCCUGGUUGAGAGCACCAUUAACGCCAGCAUGUUCAGGAGCACCGGCACCGUCUGCUGCGAGGCUUCCAGCAAUGGUGACAGGAGCUCUGCUUUUUUCAACUUCGCUAUUAAAGAGCAAAUCCGUACCCAUACCCUUUUCACACCUUUACUAAUCGCAUUUGGAGUCGCUGCUGGACUGAUGUGCAUCAUAGUCGUGAUCCUGGUGUACAUAUAUUUACAGAAACCCAAAUAUGAAGUUCAGUGGAAAGUUGUUGAAGAAAUAAAUGGAAACAACUAUGUUUACAUAGACCCAACACAGCUUCCUUAUGAUCACAAAUGGGAAUUUCCUAGAAACCGGUUGAGUUUCGGCAAAACCCUUGGUGCUGGAGCUUUUGGAAAAGUUGUAGAAGCCACUGCUUAUGGUCUAUUUAAAUCUGAUGCCGCAAUGACAGUAGCAGUAAAAAUGUUAAAACCAAGCGCCCAUUUAACAGAAAGAGAAGCCUUGAUGUCAGAACUAAAAGUUCUCAGUUACCUUGGUAACCACAUUAAUAUCGUGAAUCUACUUGGAGCUUGCACUAUUGGAGGACCCACGCUGGUCAUUACAGAAUACUGCUGCUAUGGUGAUCUCUUAAAUUUUCUGAGGCGGAAGCGAGAUUCGUUUAUUUGUCCAAAGCAUGAAGAACACACAGAAGCAGCUGUUUACGAGAACCUUUUGCACCAGGCAGAGCCCUCAGCUGAUGCUGUCAAUGAGUACAUGGACAUGAAACCAGGAGUGUCAUACGCAGUUCCCCCAAAAGCUGAUAAAAAAAGACCAGUAAAGUCUGGAUCCUACACCGAUCAGGGUGUUACCCUUUCCAUGUUGGAAGAUGAUGAACUUGCUCUAGAUGUUGAAGAUCUACUAAGCUUCUCUUACCAGGUGGCAAAGGGCAUGAGCUUCCUUGCCUCUAAAAAUUGCAUUCAUAGGGAUCUGGCUGCAAGAAAUAUUCUUCUCACUCAUGGUCGAAUAACAAAAAUCUGUGACUUUGGCCUGGCCAGAGAUAUAAGGAAUGACUCAAAUUAUGUGGUCAAAGGAAAUGCUCGUCUCCCUGUGAAGUGGAUGGCACCUGAGAGUAUUUUCAAUUGCGUUUACACUUUUGAGAGUGAUGUCUGGUCUUAUGGGAUAUUGCUUUGGGAACUCUUCUCUUUAGGCAGCAGCCCAUAUCCAGGGAUGCCUGUGGACUCCAAGUUCUAUAAAAUGAUCAAGGAGGGAUACAGGAUGUUCAGCCCUGAGUGUGCGCCCCCUGAAAUGUAUGAUAUAAUGAAGAGUUGCUGGGAUGCUGAUCCUUUACAGAGACCCACAUUUAAACAGAUCGUGCAGCUGAUAGAACAGCAGCUUUCAGAUAGUGCUCCCCGGGUCUAUGCAAACUUUUCAACUCCACCUUCCAGUCAAGGAAAUCCUACAGAUCACUCCGUGAGAAUUAACUCGGUGGGUAGCAGUGCUUCAUCUACUCAGCCUCUCCUGGUACGUGAAGAUGUUUGA